UUCAAAAAGUCCAUAAGUGACAUUUAAUUCGUACAUUCCAAUUCUUUGCUCAAACAGUGAGAACACAUGAAGUACAUAAAGUUACACAAUGCAUCCACAAACAAAUACAACAACACACGUAAUAGUAUUAACACAGCUAACGUAAACAGUUGAAACACAAAAACGACAUGCUUAUUGGAGCAGGAGAUAAAGUGGACAGAGUGAAAGGACCGAUGUAUAGGUUCUGCCAGAGGAGCGGAAAGAACUGGAACAAGUCGUGCGCACAGUUGACCACCACAUGGCUAAUAUAGAGACCUGCAUAACCAAGUUGGAAGGAUUCAUGAUCGAGCUUGCUGAACCACAUGAACAAACUCUAGCACAAUAUCAGACCCACAUAGUCCAUAUUCAGGAGAUGCGUGUGAUCGUCACUCAGCAGAUUGUGGAGGUGACGCGCAUGAUCACCGUCUAUCGUAGAGUGGUUCUGUAUGACACAAGUGCAACAGAGAUGCUGCACCGACUAGAGGCUGCAUACACAGUACUGCAGUCAGAGCAAGAUAGACUAGAAAUAGCAUUGGUAGAUGUCCAACAAUCUGAGGAGCAGGCUGUGAAGGAUGAGAGUGAAAAAGAACAUGAGCGUGCAUGUGUGGUGGAUAGAGUAAGCCAUCAAGUGGAAGAUGUUGAAAACUGGGUAUUAGCAGCAAAGAGCUUUGUUCCCUCACCUAUCGAAGAUGAAGACAAGACAGUUGCUCUCUACAUAGCGAGGAUCGUUAGAAUUCAGGAGAUGCACACGAUAGUGAUCACGCGCAUCGUGGAAGUGAGAGAGAUCAUCACAGUGUACCAUAGAGUAGCUCAGUACGAUGACAACAGUGAAGCCAUGCUGCACAAACUGGAGGCUGUGAGCAGUGACCUGGAUGAUGUGAAGCUACAGCUAGAAACCCAGCUGGUGGAGGCACAGCAAGCUGAGCAACAAAUGGAACAGGAUGAGACAGACAAAGAGCGUGAGCGUGCCAGUCUGGUAGAGACAUUAACCCACCAAGUGGAAGAUGUUGAAAACUGGGUCACAGAGACACACAGCUUCAUUACUUUGCCCGUCGAAGAUGAGGAUAAAACUGUAGCUCUCUACAGAACAAGGAUCGUUAGGAUACAGGAGAUGCACACGAUAGUGAUCACGCGCAUCGUGGAAGUGAGAGAGAUCAUCACAGUUUACCAUAGAGUAGCUCAGUACGAUGACAACAGUGAAGCCAUGCUGCACAAACUGGAGGCUGUGAGCAGUGACCUGGAUGAUGUGAAGCUACAGCUAGAAACCCAGCUGGUGGAGGCACAGCAAGCUGAGCAACAAAUGGAACAGGAUGAGACAGACAAAGAG